GGAAGGGCGGCGGGGCGAUGCUGGCGGCCCAGGCGCGCCGCGUGGCCUGCGCCGUGUCCGGCGGCGUGGACAGCGCUGUGGCCGCGCUGCUGCUGCGCCGCCGAGGCUACCAGGUGACAGGGGUGUUUAUGAAGAACUGGGACCCCCUGGAUGAGCAGGGAGCUUGCUCCGUUGACAGAGAUUGUGAAGAUGCUUAUCGGGUGUGCCAGAAGCUUGAUAUCCCCUUUCACCAGGUUUCCUACGUGAAGGAAUACUGGAAUGAAGUAUUCAGUGACCUCUUAAAAGAGUAUGAAUUGGGAAGGACACCUAAUCCUGAUAUUUUGUGUAACAAGCACAUCAAAUUCAACUACUUUCUGCAUUAUGCUAUGGAUAACCUUGGAGCAGAUGCAAUUGCUACUGGGCAUUAUGCCAGGACCUCACUGGAGGAUGAGGAAGUGUUUCAACAGAAACAUACUAAAAGACCACAGAAGCUUUUCAGAAACCGUUUUGAAGUUAGAAAUACUGUGAAACUCCUUCAAGGGGCUGACCUCUUUAAGGACCAGACCUUCUUUCUAAGUCAGAUUUCACAGGAUGCUUUGAAGAAAACCAUCUUCCCUUUAGGGGAUUUAACAAAAACUUUUGUAAAGAAGAUAGCAGCAGAACAUGACCUUCAUCAUGUGCUAAAGAAAAAAGAGAGUAUGGGGGUCUGUUUCAUUGGUGAAAGAAACUUUGAAAAUUUCCUUCUUGAGUAUUUGGAACCUCAACCUGGUAACUUUGUUUCCAUUGAAGAUAAGAAGGUGAUGGGAAGACACAAAGGUUGGUUCCUCUUCACGAUAGGCCAGAGGGCUCGGCUGGCAGGGCUCAAGGAUGCUUGGUUUGUUGUAGACAAAGAUGUCAGCACUGGAGAUGUCUUUGUGGCACCAUCACGAGAUCACCCCGCCCUGUACAGAGAGCUGCUGCGGACAAACCGCGUGCACUGGAUCGCAGAGGAGCCGCCGGCAGAGCUGGUCCGGGAGAAGAUGAUGGAAUGUCAUUUCAGAUUUCGGCACCAGAUGGCACUGGUGCCUUGUGUCCUGACUCUAAACCAAGAUGGGAGUGUGUGGGUAACACUAGUGAAGCCAGCAAGAGCUAUCACACCUGGACAGUUUGCUGUGUUCUACAAGGGAGAUGAGUGCCUGGGCAGUGGGAAGAUCCUGAGGAUGGGCCCAUCAGUGUAUACCUUGCAACAGGGCAAAAACCGAGAGGAGAGCCCCAAGAAGGAGGAGAUUGACAAAAUAGAACCAGCAACAUGACACCUGGGAUUGCUUAUUGAAGGACUUGGGAGAAUUUGCUGCCUGAGAACAAUAAAAACUAUAAUAAAUGUGGUUCAUAAGGGCAGUUAAGCAGAGUCCCAGCUCUUGACUGUUAGCACUGGAGGAGUUUAAAGCUAAAGCCAGUUUGGUGCAAUUCUGCUGGAAUGUAUGGUGCUGUUUAUAUUAAUAUGUAUCAAGGGAUGUCCUAAGGUGUUCUGUAAUAACAGUAACACAUACAGGAAUUUUAAUACAAAAAUCAUGGCUGAAUAAUAAAUCUGUCUCUCAUAUGUAAGUG